AUGACAACUGGCAUCUCAUCUCGCACUGGAGAAACAAUUGGUGCUGCCAGAAAUGUUGAUCCUGUUCUUUCAAACCUAGAUAGAGUCAAAUAUGAAAUGAACAAGAUCAGAGCGCGACUCAAUUUCAGCAAGAGCAGCGAGUUUCUUGGAGAAUUUACCAAGGUUAGAAAAGAAUUUGAUGGCUUUAUUACCUAUGCACAAGUUAUCAAUGAAAAAGAUGUUUUCCUUUCUUUCUCACCUCCUGACAUCCGGUAUGCAAUCUCCUUUUGGCUACCCAGCCAAUCGUCGCCAGUGUCACUUACAAGGAGGUUUUUGAUAGCAAAAAAUACCUCUGUUCCUCAGUCAUUUACGUCCCCUAAUUUCGUCGUAACAUUGUUUUUUUUUCAAGCAAUUAUUGGCGAUUUGGAAGCUUACAACUUUGCUGAGUACUUCAUUCAGCUUUUCAAGCAAAUGAAGAUCAAUAAGUACCAAUUCCUUGGUAAGAUUAUGGAAUUUUCCGCUGCCCAACGGCUAGGAUUCAUGCAUGCCUUUCAUUUCUAUUUCAACAAUAGUGCUGAUGGUAGCGGUUCUUCUGAACAAAUGACUGAAACUCUUGGUUUUUUGAAGGGCAGUUACAUGCAUUGGAUGCAAAGCGUUCAAAGAGUUAUAAGCAACCAUGCUGUUGCAGCUCCAAGCUCUGAAGUUUUCUGGCUGUCGAAGAUGGUUGUCAUAGUGGCUUUAGCCCUCCGUUAG